CUGCUCAGCAGCCGAGCCCGAACGCCAAUAAGCGCUGUCACAGCGGCUCUUCCACCCUCUUCCCAACAUCCGAGAUGGUAUGACGCCUCGUGGAAGCAAGGUACUACGAGCAAUAUGUAUAUUAAAGGCCCGUCAACAUAGUAGGUUUGUCGAAGUUCUAAGUGUCCUCGUCUGUCCUUUCUUAUACUUACGUCACGAUGUCUAACCUGAAAGUGUUAAUUGUAGGAGCCAGCAUUGCUGGACCCAUGGCAGCAUAUUGGUUCGCAAAAGGGGGAGCAGAUGUCACGAUAAUCGAGCGCUUCCCAGAGCUACGCAAAGGCGGACACAAUAUCGACAUCCGAACCAUUGGCGUCACCGUCAUGCGGAGGAUUCCCGGCAUGGAGGCGGCAGUCCGAGCAAACCUUGCCCCAGUUGAUGGCAUCAGCUUCCUUAGAGAUGAUGGUAAACCUUAUGCUACCAUCAAGGCCUCUGGCGAUACCGAUCAACAAUCUCUCGUGUCGGAGUACGAAAUCUUCCGUGGCGAUCUGGCGCAGAUACUGUACGACUUGACCAAAGACAAGGUUCGGUAUGUGUUCGGGGAGCAAAUCGCCUCCAUGCAGCAUACGGAUCUUGGACCCAUUGUCGUCGAGUUCGCAAACGGGAUGCCGGCUCAACAGUACGAUCUCGUAGUCGCCGCAGACGGAGCGACAUCGAGAACACGAGCUAUGGGCUUUGGCUGCGGUGUACGAGACCAUGUUAAGAGGCUGAACUGCUGGGCGGCUUAUUACUCGAUGAAGCAAGAUCUGCUCGGUGGCAGCAGGAUCGCGCAGUCUUGUAGUGCUGUUGGUGGCCGCUGGCUGGCGGUCGGACCAGAUCCCAAAAAGGGUAUCAAUAGAGUGGGACUGAUGCUUAUCAAGCCUCAAGACGCCACCGAUAGGACGGCAUCCUUCCGCGCAGCAUUAAAGCAGGGCGAUGAAGAGUUGAAGCGUUUCGUCUCGCAAGCGUUCAGAGGUGCUGGUUGGAAGACCGAUGAGCUUCUUAAGGCCAUGAUGGAAGCCGAUGAUUUCUAUGCUUCGGAGAUUGUGCAGGUCAAGACGCCCACGCUGUCCAAAGGACGUUUCGUUCUGGUUGGGGAUGCAGGCUACGGUCCCAGUAACUUCAGCGGCGCUGGCACGAGUCUCGCUAUUGGCGGCGCGUACGUCCUAGCAGGCGAAAUCAGCAAGCAUCAAAGCGAUCUUGACCUGGGUCUCAAAGCCUACGAAGAGCGGAUGAGACCUAUCAUCAACGACAUGCAGUUCAUCCCGCCAUUCGUUACCACCAUUCUUGCCCCGCAAAGCGCUUGGGCUAUCUGGCUACGCAACACUCUCAUCGCCUUCGUGUCCUGGGCUAUGGGCUUCAGCGUAUACUUCUUAUGGCUUGGCAAGCUUUUUGGCGGACUCUACGCCAGCUCGCUCGGCAAAGACAAGUACGGACUUCCGGAGUACGAGUUCAAGAGUGGACCUUGUAGCAUUACAUGAACUCUACCCCGCAGGCAACUCAUCAACCGCCGCCGUGCAAGCGCUAAGGCUGUUCAAACACUCCACUCAUGGAUCGUGCCACAAUCGGCACCGAGCUCUUUCUCCCGUUUUACCUCACCUGGCACCAAGGCGGUCUCAUUCGGAUCUCAGUGGGCUGCGUUGUUGGAGACGGCAUUGCGCUGAAGGAAACUGGGUGUGACUCUGGGUAAAUGUGCCUCGUGCUCUCACUCACUGCGCUCAACGAGCAACGAAUCGUCGUGUCCAUGCGGCGGAUACAGCAGUUUGUUGACGUUCUUGCAAAAGCUUCUAGCAGCUGAGCCCAUGCAUCCUGGCGUGCACCUCAGUAUGAUUUGAAUAUUUGGAAACGGCUGGCAAAAGCUUGGACUCUGCUUUCGCUCGAGAAGC